AUGGAUGACGGACUUGAAAGUUAUAAUGGUUCUGCUAUCAUAGAUCCGAUGGUAGAGCAGUAUGAAGUAAACCCCGAUGAUGGAGACGAUGCUGACGAAGAACCACCCGAAAUCCCUGAUGAUGGUGACGAGGAAGAGGAGAUGAACUACUACGAUCAUUUCACGAGGUUGAAUCUCAAUGCAAUGACUUCGGAUUGGUCGUUUACCCAGGGAGGUCCUGAGGAAUUCCCAAGCAACGAUUUUGAGGUUGGACAACAAUUUGGGAACAAGGAAGAAGUCAUGUUGGUAGUUAAGCAGUACAACAUCAGGAGGGCUGCGGAGUACAAAAUAGUAGAGAGUGACCAUUUGAGGUUGGAUUCGAAUGUGAUUGCGCAACACAUUUUUACGAUGGUCAAGGCCGAUCCAACAAUCAGCAUCAGGAUUCUACAAGGAGGUGUGGAGAAUCACUUUGGUUACAAGGCGUCCUACAGAAAGGUUUGGCUUGCAAAACAGAAAGUCAUCGCUAGAAUAUAUGGCGAUUGGGAGGAGUCAUACAAUGAGCUUCCUCGUUGGUUAUUCGCUAUACAGAUGUACUUGCUAGCCUUCAAGUAUUGCAAGCCACUUAUUUCCAUUGAUGGCACCCACUUAUAUGGUAAAUACGGUGGAACUUUGUUGAUGGCCAUAGCGCAAGACAACAAUGCAAACAUUCUGCCAAUUACAUUUGCAGUUGUUGAAGGUGAGACAAAGGAGGCAUGGUCAUUCUUUCUUUCGUACCUACGGAAGCAUGUGAAACCACAACCAGGGGUGUUAGUGAUUUCAGACAGACACAAGUCCAUUGAUGGAGCACUGAAUGUCGAAGGGAGUUUAUGGAAACCACCUCAUGCCUUCCAAGUAUUUUGUACAAGACACAUUGCAGCCAACUUCAUGACCCACUUUAAGAACAAAUACUUGAAGAAGGUUCUUAUUAAUGCAGCGUACUCGAAGUCGCAUCGUGAGUUCGCUCAUUAUUAUGGCCGUCUGAGGGGCGAAAAUGUAGCUAUUACAAACUGGGUUGAAAAAAUGCCACGGUCACAGUGGGCACAGUAUGCUGAUGAGGGUCGUCGAUUUGGUCACAUGACAACCAAUAUCUUCAAGUGCAUUAAUGCUGUUAUGAAGGGUUCUUGCAAUUUGCCAAUCAUGGCUCUUGUUAAGUUAAGUUAUUUUCAUUUGGGUGAACUUUUUGCAAGGAAGGGUUCGGAGGCACUGGCCCAACUUCAGGUCGGUGCUGAAUUCUCACAGACAUUGAUGAAGGCCAUAGAAUUCAACUCGAAGCACGUGAACACUAUGAAUAUUUACCAGUUUGAUCGAUCGAGGACAAACUUCAUGGUUGAAGAGUUAGCGGCAGUUCCUGGAUCCAGGCAACAGAAUUAUCAGGUGCUGCUUGAUGAGCGCAAGUAUUAUUGUGGGUAUUUUCAGGCUCUUCAUAUCCCUUGUCGUCACAUGUUUGUAGCUUGCUCUCAUGCAAGACUUGAUUGGAAGCAGUUUGUUCACCCUAUGUACCGCAUGGAGUCGGUCUUCAAUGUUUACAGAUCAGAGUUUCGAUCGAUAGGGCACGAUGAUGAUUGGUCAUCGUAUGACGGUCCCCGAAUCUGGCCCAACCCUAGGAUGAUGAGAGUGAAGAGAGGUCGCGCGCAUGAGCUCCAGGAUUCGUAA